GAUCAUUAAGUGUUUAAAUUCAACGGGAGUUGGUUGUGUCGGGUUUCUUCGCGUAGAGGGGAACCAUUAAAAUAUCCACAAACAUUAUCUUUAAUUGGACAGAAAUUUGUGUCUGUGUGCGUCCGCGCUCAAUUUUUUUCUGUGACGGUUCGGUUUUUUCGAAACGGCCUGAUGACUGUUAUCAUUUGUUCUUAGUUUAGUGAGCGGUGUUCGGCUGUGUUUCCGAUUGUGGUUCGCUAUCUCGCGCGGGUUGAUCUGAUGACUGUGAUUGCUGCCAACUAGGAGUUUAAGGCUUAUGGAUUGGUCGGUAGGGAUUGUGUGUGGAAAAAUGACAUUUGUGACGUGACGAAGAUUUUCUCGGGACGUAGUGGGACGUAGCGGACGGUCGUGACAUUCUGGAUCAGUGUUGCCACGUGCCCAAUAAUUGCUGAAAAGUUAUGAGUGGGCCACUAAUUGAGACAAAAUUGUACCUCUGUCCCGUUCUCGCUAACUGGAGCUACUAUCUUGAGUAGACCCUUAAAAUUUAGAGUCCAAUUGAAUUUCUUCUAAAAUCUAUCUUACCGUAUUUUCGAUUGACACUUCCAUUUAAAAUUUUCAAUACUGUUAUCUUUAAACACUCCGUGACCAAAAAUUUUAGUUUUUUUCUACAAGUGCAACGAAGAUUUAUUCGUGAAAAAUUGUGUGACAUUAAAAGUUUUUACAAAAAUUGUGGAAAAGUGAUGCUGUGUUUCUCUGUCAUAUCCUGCUAAUAACCGCUCUCCGCGGCUCUCCAUCCACCAGCGACUCCAUUCUCCAAAAUUACCCGAAUACAAACCCCCGACUCCAAAUCCACCACCCUGAGUUUCUCCGAUCCGUUCGGGCCUCCCCAGUCGAGCGACGGGGGGGCCCCUCCCACCCCGCAGCCCACCAUGACCUCCCAGGAGACCCUGGACCACCACCACCACCUGGGAGGCUCCCAAACGCCCCACGAUUCUGCCAAUUCCACGCCAACAAACGUGUCCUCAAAAUCUGCUUUUAUUGAGUUACAACAGCAUGGUUACGGGCCGUUUAAGGGGGGUUAUCAGCAUCCUCAUCAUUUUGGGAGUCCGGUGGGGGCUGGGCAGCAAAAUCCCCAUGAGGCCUCAGGGUUUCCCAGUCCUCGGUCGCUGGGGUAUCCCUUCCCUCCUAUGCAUCAGAACACGUACGGGUAUCAUUUAGGGUCGUAUGCGCCGCAGUGUGCCAGCCCUCCGAAGGAUGAGAAAUGCGGUCUGUCAGACGACCCCGGGCUCCGGGUCAACGGGAAAGGCAAGAAGAUGAGGAAGCCCAGGACCAUAUACUCCAGUCUACAGCUGCAGCAGCUCAACAGAAGGUUCCAGAGGACUCAGUACCUGGCGUUGCCAGAGCGAGCGGAGCUAGCGGCCAGUUUAGGGUUAACGCAAACGCAGGUGAAAAUCUGGUUCCAGAACCGGCGGAGUAAAUACAAGAAGAUGAUGAAGGCGGCGCAAGUGGGGGCGCCCCCGCCGGGGCUGGGGCUGGCCCCCGGGAGUCCCCCGAACAACAACCAGCUAUUACACGGUAUGUUUUACGGCGGCGGCGGCAGCUCCAGCGGCUCCCAGCACUCCCCAUCAGCCUACCAGUCCGGUCCGACGCAGGCCCACUCCCCCACUCCCAGCUCCACGCCUGUCUCCGAGCUGAGUCCAGGCCUGUCUCCGACGGGGACCCCGUGGGAUGUGAAGCAGCCGCAGCAACCCAACUGGGAUGUCAAGGUUGGAUAUAGACUGUUGUUUCAGCCCAACGCCGGAAGAUCUCCGGAUGGCGCGAAUUGUGACGUGAAGCCUCCUCACAGCCAGUCCUGGGACCCCAGAGUCGGAUACGGCGCGCCGCCCGGACCCUGGGACAUGAAGGGCGCUCACGCCCACGCCCUCCAUCACCAGGGCGCGCCGCAGCCCCACCCCCCCUACGUGCCGCAGUACUCCUGGUACCAGGCCGCUGACGCCAACCCUGGACUUUUGACUGGGAACUUUGCCGCCUAUCACCAGUACCGACCUCGAACCCCAACACAGAAUGACAAAGCCGAUUACGAGAACUCAUGAGAACGCACCCUAAACACAAAGUAUUAAUGCUCAAUUCUUUGUCGACAGGGUGUGGCCGGCAGUGUAACAGCCUAUGGACAAAUACAGAGAAAAACUAUACUAAAAAUGUAUGUUGACGAUGUUAUAACGU